AAUGACGAUUUCAAAAUCAGUAUAAAAUCAAGUACCUUUACAGUUACGAGUGAACUAAACUAAAGCAAAGAAAUCGGGUUAUUUCAUUUUCAAUGGAUUAAGAUUCAGAGAUUCAGAAUAAUAUUACUAGAAAUAUAUUGGAGAACACACCAUAAUAUUCCAGGUUUAUAUUAGUGUGGAAGCCAGUAUGGAAGAUCUUUCUUGUAUACUCUUUGAUACACUUGAUUGUAUUGGAUAUAAUCAAGAGAUGAUCAAGUACAGACGAAGGGCCUGGGAAAAUCUUACUCCUAUUCCAACUGUAAAGUUUACUCCAAUUACUGCUGGUAGCAAGGCUGAGGGAAUUUCUACGUUGUUUCAGAGCGAUAUUGAUCGUAUGCUGAUACUGAAGGAUGCCAUAUGUACAGACAAAAUUGGAGAAGUAUCAAAAAAAUCAAACAUGACAGUUCUACAUACCGAUACAAGUGAAUCUCCGCAUGGUUAUACACGACUGAAGGUGGUGAGUACUAAUGGACAAAUCUCUAGACUUUACCUAAAAGACAGUAUGUUUGAAUCAGAAUCAAAAGAUAUAUAUGUUUCUAGUUCGCUCUUUGCUUCGAACAUGAAGAAUUUUGCUAUGGAAAGAUUUCAAGAUUGCAAUCUAUCUGGGCCAGCUGUAUUUUCAAGCUGUCAACAACUUACUUCCCAAGACACAGUAUUAGCCCUGCAAUGCGAUGCAUCAAAGAUACUUCAGAAAUGGAAAUCAAGAAGACGACUUAACAGCUGGCCUCCAGCAGAGGUUAGAGAGGUUGCCGCUUCGAUGUUAGCGGAGGUUGUUCCUGUGGGUAGCAAGGGAAGUUGUGACCAAUGGCGAGAAUGGAGAUUUUGUUUCAUAGAGUCAGAACUGAAAUUGACAUGCAGUUUAAAUGAAACACAAAUAAAACUUGACAUUAUUUUGAAAAUGGUUGCAAAAGAUAUUUUAAAAAACAUCAGUAAUGAAAUUUCGUCUUAUAUAAUGAAAAAUGUCACAUUUUGGUUGUCGGAAUUACUCCAACGAGUUGAGUUCAGAAAAGGAAACUUACUUGCUUUACUGUUUCUUUCAUUGCGAUUUCUGCGAUCAUGUAUCUCCCAGCGUUACAUGCCAUACUAUAUGAUUCCAGGCAGAAAUCUCCUCGCAGAGAGACUCACAGAUGACAAUAGACAAAAAUUGUCUGAACUUCUUGAUGCACUGCUCACCGAGGGACCUAGCCUCAUUUUGAGAUUGCCUAAACUUGAAGCAGCUAUGAACGUCAGCCUUGCUUCACCUGCUUCGAUUGUUGAACACAGAAAUAGACGGGAUAUGAUUGAAAAACUCCACCUCGACUUUGGAAUGUGUUGGUUACGUCACGAAGAAGAUCUUUCUUAUGUGUCUAUCCUGUCCAGAAUACCAAUGUUAUAUGAUAUCGUGGAAAAAAUGUGUCACUUAGUUAUGCCGGACUAUGGCACGUGUUUUAAUAAUCGGAUUCCCGCAGAAUAUUAUAUUGCAGAGAUGUUAGAAAGAGUCAAGUCAAUACUUUCAUAGACAAACAAUACUCGCCAUGAUACGGAAACAAAGUUUUCACGAAAUUUUGUCAUGAAAUUUAUAAGUGUAAAUGACGGUGUAUACAAGGCUAUUAUUUUAACUAAAAAUAUACUUCCUAGUCUGUCAAUUUCAAGAAAAUGAAAGUGUUUUAGAAUGUCUGCAUCUGCUGGCUACCAAAAUUUAAUUACUAUAUAUACAUGUAACAGUGUUCUGGAGUAAGCCACCCAUAAACAAAUAUCACACCCACGAAACACUUGUCAAGGAAAAAUAGUUAACAAUACUUUGCUGAAUAGAUAGCCAGUUUUAAGUUAGUUGCUGAAUUUUGUUUGUUUGUUUACAAACUACGAUUAUAAUAGUGUUCUUGAUAUUACUCUGUCAUGUAUUGCCAAGUCUAAGUAUUCAUGCAUUCAUGCAUUGCAUACAAAUGUAUAUUGUUGCAUAUGAAGAUGAACUGUAUACGCUUAAUUCAAAAUAAAAUCUAUGUU